CGGGCUACAAAAUUCCAAUUGUAUCACCUCGUACAUCACUCUAGGAGUUUAUAUAUCAGAUCUCAUCUGUUUUAACGGGCUCUGACAGAAAAAAAUGGGAUGAGAGAUAUAUAUCCAGCGUUUGAUUUUAUUUCCAACAACAGUCAAGCAGUGACUAAAGACUCAGGGUUCAUCGAGCUGAUCUUGAAAUAAAAUAAACAAUGUGUUGAAUGUUCUACUGAGGAAUUAAUGACAAAGCACUUCAGACCCAAUAUGCAUCGGUACAUGUUUCGGAAAACAGACAUUUUCUGAUCAUAUAAAAUUACCAUUCCCCUCGCCUCGUUUGUCCAAUACAAUUAUUUAUCCCAUUUUUCUGUAAUAUUUUGAAACAGCGCCGACAGAUUCCAUUAAAUUGGAAGGCACAUGAAGUUCUUCGUGAAACAUUUGAACUCUGUAAACGCAAUUAUUCAUCAAACGAACCUCCGUAUCUAUAUAACUCAGAGAGAUGAAGUUGGAGAAAAUAAAUUGUGAUACAGACAAUUUAAGAAUAAGAAGAGAAAACGGCCUUUUAAAACAAAUUGAAUCUGUUCGGAUCUUUAAUUUGCAAAGAGUUUUCUAGAGUUUACUCAGAUAUUUUGUAUUUCGUUCACGCACAUUUUUUCUCAAUUCAAGAUAAAAUGAUUUAUUUGAAUUGUGUAAAAAUCGCAGUAUUCUUUGAUUCAAGUGAUGUCCUACUUUCUUCUCGCUGAGAUUCCUAGCUGUUACAUUCCCGCGACCCAUUUAAUUACUUUAAACUAAUUGAAAUAACAAGAUACCUACCACAUAUAAAAAACCAUCAAGAUUCAGCUAAAUUUACCCCAAACUAAACAGAAAACACGGCAAAUAAAGUGAGAUAAAAAGUCACGCAUGAGUGGGCUCACGGAUGAAGAUAAACGAUUCGUUCGGGAGAUAUUCCGUGAGUAGCGUUAGUGUGGAGUCCCUGAGGUAUUAGAUCAACAAGAAGGUAUUUUGUGGACGAGGUGCUGCUCUCUGUCUCCUCGGCGUUGUAUACAUGUAAGAACUGGAGUUUAUUUAUUGAUUGGAUUUCAUGGUCAGCAGCCAGUGGUCUGGUUAGCACCAGUUCAAGGAAUUUCCCAGAUAUUUUCAUGAGAGCCCAAUGAAUUCCUCAUGAUUAGUGGUACCAACAUGUCGGAUCUGUUCAAUGGAUGUGGGGAGUUGACCGGUUUCUCCCCCACCCCCCACAACCUGACGUACUGCGGAAGUGUCCACGACGGCCUGAUGUGCUGGCCUCCGGCCAUCGCUGGACGCACAGUCAGGAAAAAGUGUCCAGCUUUCCACGGAUUCGACUCUAGUCGGGACGCGGUCCGGAAGUGCGGCAAGAACGGAAGCUGGGAGGAAAUAGUGGAAUCAAUUGUGACCAUUUCUAAAACGAACUUUGCGGAGUGCGUCAUUCCGUAUGAAGUAGACAUUUUCCGGAGAUUCGACGAUCACACUAGGGAUACGGCUUUGACCAUGAGUGCAGUUGCACUCUCACUUCUUAUUCUAUCUCUACUAAGUAUUAUAGUUGUCUUUGUGAUAUAUUACUGUAUCCUCCCAAAAUUUAUAAACACUUGUCUACAUGUGAGAAUUCACAAAACAUUGUUUACAGCUGCCAUUUUAGACAUUUUAGCUAAAAUGACGUCGCAUAGUUUGUUACUUUAUGAACUAAACAAUAUCUCGUUUCUGAAUUCAAUAUUUUUUACAAGUUUCAUGUGUAAAUUUCUAGCCACAUUUAAACAAUACACAGAAAUAGUGUACCUUGGUUGGCUUGCGAUGGAUUCGAACUUCAUCCAAAUACUUUGCAAAUCAGAACACUUGUGUUCCUACGGAUUUACCAUGUAUUGCAUUGUGGGAUGGGGCUUACCCGUCGUACCCCUAACUUUGUGGGUGGUCACACUGGUAGUGGACCACAAAGUACAGUGCUGGAUAGACCACACGUCACAUCCGGUGAUGUGGGUGAUUGAUAUCUAUAAAGUCUUUAUCUUGACCACCACGCUAGUGUUUCUCGUGCUGGCCUUGGUGCGACUCCACAUGGCCAAAUACAAGGACAAGGUGUACGACCUUCCCAAGAUGAAGUAUGAGGUCAGAAUGUCGCUCGCGAACUUGGGCUUCGUUGGGAUCUCCUGUGCCCUAGUGAUGAUUCCCACACACCUCCCUUUGGGUGGCCACCAGGUCGUCCAGUUCCUGUCCGUUAUUAUGACGUCAUUAAUGGGAUUUCUUGCCGCCAUUAUUUACGCUUUCGCAAACAAAGAUUUCAUAAAAUUCUUAAAGCACAAUGAGGUACGCAUGCGCUUUGGUAAAUAUCUAACUCUAAAUGUUCCGUAAAGGUGAUUUAUAGUUUUAUUAAGAAUGAAGAAGUGAAUGCUUAUGUAUAUAUCGAUGUUUCAAAUGAGUGGCACAAAUAAAUAUAUUUCAUUUUCUUCAUGACUGAAUUUAAACAUUUCUUCAAUAUUGAAUAGGUCACUAGUACAUCUAUAUAUUUGGUCGAUUAGUUGAUAGUUUGUUUCCACGAUACGUUUAUUGUUCCUAAACCACAUGAAUUAGAUUGUAUUAAUGUUUAAAAUAGUGUUGCAGUACAUGUACAAAUCCUUCUUACAUAAACCUCCAAAUUAAAUAGUAUUUACCUUAUAAUUGAAACAAAGCAUUGCGUUUUCAAAGAUAGGGAGAGAAUUCUUAAAAAAUAUAAUUAUACAUUUUGGUUGUUAAAAUAUCUUAUAGAUGAGGUAAAAUCGCUAAGUAUAUAACUGUCAACGAUUUUGAUGUAUCAUCUACAUGAUAUGACUUCGAUUCAAGGGUAAACAAAAUAUUGCCUGACAGAAAAUAAUGACUAUAGAAAUGGCCAAUUUGUUACGGACGAAAUGUCGUGCCAAGUAAAAAAGGCGUUUUAAUUCCAGAAAGAUGGAUAAUAAAUCAAAAACAGAAUUGUUUUAAAGCUACUCAAAUUCUUUGCCAUUGAGAUUUUUAUAGCUUUGUUUUAUCUUUUUCUCCAUCUUCUCAGUUCUUGAAAGUUUCAUAGCAUGACUUCAUUCUCUUUCUCUCGCACAGCUGUGAUUAAUGAUGGUGUCAGAAAUAGGUUCUCUUCCUUUGGUUGUCACCUAUUUCGUGCCGACCUUCGGGUUUUUUGUGCCCUCUGAUGACGUCACAGGAUGCCAAUAAGUAACUAACCCUGUCCAAUGACGUUGUCCUCAAGUAAACUUGACCCAAUAAUUAAAGAUGUCAUUGACCUUAUUUUAAAGAUUGUUUAUUUUCUUUGUGAUUCACUUCCAAAGUUUUUUCUUUUACAUUUUUAUUUUCCAAGAGAAGAGGUCUGUCUGGUUUUGUUUUAUUCGUUCAAUUGUUUUAUUUUAUAAUGGUGAG